GUAGGGUGUUGGAGAGCAAUAGUGCAGCAGUUGUCAUGCAGAAAGGAGCAAAAAAAAACGACUCGAAUUGCUCCUGAUCGUCCUAAUAAGGAGGAACGACAUGCUGGGAAAGUGGGGUGUCGGAGAGGAAUUCGUCAGCUAAUGUCAGACAGGAAAGAGGGGGCUUGGUGGGGCAACCCUGCGGGGAAGGGAAAAAGAAGUAGAAGCACAGCAAUUGCAACAGCAAUGGGAGGCCGAGGGCUUCGAUCCAUCGACAUACAGUCAAAGAGCGGAUUAACCUCUGUAGGGAGUAUCUUAGAGUCUCGUGACAGCAGGGGAACGGUGCAGAAAGAGGUAGAAGAAGAGAAGGAAAACCAGCGGGAUGGGGUAGAGAAGGAGGCGAGCGCAAACGGAAGAGCGGAGUUUAAUGUAGGUUCCCGAACGCAAGUGAUGGAGAACGCGCGAGCGCCCGCGCCUUCCCCCACUAAUUGGAUCGCGAUUGACCUCGGCACGUCUUCCUGCGCCGUGGCCAUGGUCGCCAACGAGAAGGUACAAGUGAUUCCGAACGAAUUUGGCAAACUGUCAACACCGUCUUUCAUUGCCUUCACCGACACGAAGAGACUUGUGGGCGUGCAAGCGCAGAAGCAAGUGCAGAGGAGAGUGGAGAACGUGCUGUUUGAGAUCAAACGACUGAUUGGACGAGAUUACGACUCGAUAAGGAGGGAAGAGCGUUGUUGCUGGCCUUUCAGCGUGGCGAGGGGCCAGUCGGGGGAAGCACGAGUCGAAGUGAAAAGUGAAUUACUAUCACGGCUUUUCAGCGAGCACGAUGAGGAGUCGACGCAAUUGUUCACGCCGGAGGAGAUACUCGGUAUGCUGCUUGCGAAGAUGAAGGGUUGUGCCGAGGCGUUUCCCGAUUGUGGCGCGCUUUGCGCUGCCGCCAUCACGGUUCCUGCCUCCUACAGCGACAGACAGCGAUCAGCGACCAAGUUGGCGGCCGAGAUCGCAGGCUUCGCUGACGUGGAACUUGUGAGCGAGACCACGGCGGCCACCCUGUCGUACGCCCAUCAGUCGGGAAUGAUGUCAUUGGACGGCGGGCGAGGCUGUGAUGGAGAAAGCGGGGAUGGCGGGAAGACGAUCUUGGUGUUCGCGCUCGGAGGAGGAAGCUUUGACGCCGCCCUCGUGAAGAUUGGCGCCGGGUUGUUGAAUGUGAUUGCGGUGGCAGGCGAUCCCAGCUUAGGAGGCAUGGAAUUCGACGGCAAGAUUAUUGAAUUGAUCACCGGGGGAGAGGGAAGAGAGCUGUGCGAGGGCAUGAAGCCCAGCAUGGUGCGAAAACUGCGGGUAGCCAGCGAGAAGGCGAAAAGGGACCUCACGCUGCUCCGUGAUGCGCAUGUUGAGAUAGAGUCGUUCCACGGAGUCGACGACGACCUGCAGGUGCAAAUUGAGCGGGACGCCUUUGAGCACAAGUGUCAGUUUCUCAUGGAUAAAUGCCUGAACUGCGUUGAGCAGGUGUUACGCGACAGCGGCGGCACUAAGGUAGAAGAUGUGAACGAAGUACUGCUCGUGGGCGGAUCUACUCGGAUCCCGAUGAUCGCUAGGAGAUUGCGAGAAUUCUUUGGUAAUAGAUUGGCGCCGAGGUCGCACCCCUAUCAGGACGAAGCUGUCGUGCGCGGGGCGGCACUCUGGACGGCUUUCAAAGAUAGAGUGGUAGAUAGGAGUAGGAAAGUCGGCGGCGUCGACGAGGGGUCAGCCUCGACGAUGGUGUCAGCGGGUGAAAGUGCGCGCUGGUCGGCGGACAAUGUGAUCUUUUGCAGGCGACGCUCCAUGAAGGUGUCCGAGUACGAGAUGAAGAUGACCGGGAUAAGCAGCGAGAGGCACCGCUGGGAGAAGUUCGUCAUAGAGUUUGAGAGGCGAAGGCAUACGUGCCCGCCUUGGCUGGACAGUAUAUUGUCCACGUGGCAGCGCGACACUGAACAGGGGUUUCAGGCGGCGGCCGCGGCGGCGGCGGCGGCGAAACUGCGAGGUGAGGAGGAUGCAAUGACUGCGCGGUUCCUCAAGUUCCGCGAAGCGUGCGCAUAUGCAUUCGGGCGGGUGUGGGUGAAAUCUACCACCUCAAGGAAGCCGUUCGUGGGUGAUGUCUGGGACGCCGAUGACAUGCAGUUGUGCUUGCAGAACCUGGGAGAAGUGACGGGGAGAGGUCAGUCAGGCACGGCGAGCGAGGGCGGACACCAGAGGUCGUUGGAUCUUCGAGCUCCUUGCGACUUGGUUGUCUGCCCGCGAGCGGAGGAUCUGGUAGAUUUGGUAGGGUUGAGGGACCGGAUCGCACAAGUUCGAGAGGGAGGAGUCGAACUAGCUGCACCCUGCCUCGGGUCAUCCUUUACGCCCGAAGCUUUGAGGGAGUCAGGGAUCGCUUACGUGCUCCUCGACACGGAAACGCCAACAUCUGUCAGCAGUUGGCGUCAGAGCUUUUCCCGCGAUCGACGGGAUUUCUCGUCGAGAGAGAACAACGGAUCCGUUGGCCAGCGAGUGGCGCUGGUUGUGCAGUCCGGGCUUUUGCCCGUAGUGUGCAUCGGAGGAGGUAGUACGGCAGAUACGCGAAGAGCUGGCAAGAGUACGAGCCUGGAGCAGAGAGAGAGAGAGAAUUGCAAGACGCAACUUAUGGACGUCAUACGGCACGCUUGCAGCGACUGGCGGAAUAUAGUCAUCGCUUAUCGGCCCAUUUCCAUUCCGAUCUGCGGCUCUGCAUCCAGUGCAGUUGGACGAGGAGGAGGUGGUGCUGGCGAUGGUGUUUUUCUGGAGGGGGUUGAGAACAACGUGGUGGAGACUGUUCGGUAUUUCCGGCAAGUGAUCAGCCAUGAGGUGAGCGCUGACGCUGCAGCGGGAACGCGCAUCGUCAUUCGUGGACGGUUGGAUGGGAGCGCCUGGGAUGCGCUCUUCAAAUGGGAGGAGAUUGACGGCUUUCUCCUGGAAGGCGGGUUUCGAGACCCUGACAUAGUCGAGCGAAUCCGUGAGCCAUGCCGAGAGAGAAACGAUAAAAUCUGCCUCUGCCGGACGCAAAAUGGAGGUCUGCCCGACGGAGGACUUCCCUCCUGGCUGCAUCUCUUGACUCAACAGCUGCUGAAUGCAGAGCGACAACGACGGUUCUUCUUGAUAGCCGUCAAGCACCUGCCCAAUCAGCACUUGAAAGGGAGUUUCCCAUUAGUAACCAGUGUUUAUGAGAGGGACUCCAUGAGUGCCGCGCGCUGGAGCACGACGUCGAGGAAGGGUGACGCAAUGUUCGAGGCGAAGAUCAUUCCCAUAUUCGGAGAUGGACAGGAGUGUUCAGUCACUUUAGAGGCGCAGCUCUCAGAACUCCGGCCGGUUAUAAACGAAACGAUCCGCCAGAAAGAGAGAUUGGUGCUCGAGUACAAGCCUGCGUUUCAUCAACUCCAAGGUGUAGAGAGCGCUCACGCCAGAAUGAGACGAUGGAUAUGGUCGAACGUCAGUCCGCAGGCCGCUCAGCUAGUGCACAUCCUUUGCUUCGUCGACGACAAGGUAGAUGAUGCCACGCGUCAGGCAAUCGCCGAUCUGCCGAACGUCGACGGGCUGAGCUGGCUGUCGAGUGCGGAUGGGCUGAGCUGGCAGCUUCCUAUCCGAGAUGAGCCCGCCGUCCGCUCGGAGCGGAGACACCGCGGACUGUUCCUCUCGGAUCGGAGACACCGCCACCUGCUCGUCUGGGUUUCCAUUCUACUUCUCGUGGCGGUCCUUCUCUACUUUCUCUUUGUCGGACUGUGCGACUAUUACCAUUGCACACCUGCUGAUCCCGUUAUGUACGUAGGGGGAGACUGGACUAGCACGUCUCAGGGAAAGACGGGAAAUCCCUUCACAUACGUGGGGGAGAAGUUGUAAUAGCACACCGCAGGGAAUGACCGGAAUGAUUUUCAUUUGAUUGUUUUCUGUUUCCAAUCAAGCCUAGGCCUUGCC